AUGUACCGUAGUGAAGUCAAGUCCAGUCCACUUCAAUUCCCUGCCAGUACUGCUGCAGCAGAGCCCUCUCAAGCCUACAUGACCAGUGCUGCCAACGCCACGUUGCCUUUCACGUCAUCCACCCUGGACUUUCAGCAGUUCCCCGGUGGUCCCGACCCCUCCUGGCUGCUGCCAGCCCAGCCACCACAGCUCCCCCCUCACCACCACUCCCAGCGGGCCUGGAACCCUCUCCAUGGCGGCUACGUGCCCCAACAACGACUCGCUCCAACUUCGCCGUCGCCACAGAAGUUCCGCCGAAGUCAGGCGCCGACGCCGACCUACAAACGCGGUCCCACAAAAGUCGGUUUCAGGUCAACGCGUGAGGAGGGCGGGGAAGAGGGUGUGAGGAACGGUGCCAGUGCGGAGUCGGGCGACGCAAACCCCUCCCUCGACUCCUCUGCUGGCGGCAACGGGACUGUCGCGGGUACCAAGCGAUGCCGCGUGUGCGGCGACAGAGCCGUGAAUCACAAUUUCGGCCAACUAACCUGUGAAUCCUGUAAGGCAUUCUUUCGACGAAAUGCCCACAAGGCCCUCCCAUCGAUAAACGCGGCUUUGCAGAGCUGUGCACCCGGCAUGCCCACGUCGGACGCCUAUGUGCGAGCUGUCCGCCUGGGUUUGAGUGAGUUGACAUGCACCUCCAAGUCCGGCGAACACGUGGUCUCGCCGUCCACAAGACGAGAAUGCCCCGCCUGUCGACUCAAACGCUGCUUCCUCAUCGGCAUGCGACCGGACCUCAUCCAAGUUCGCAAAAAGGACGGGACAAAACCACGCUGGUUGGACAAGUAUCCAGCGGCUGCUCAAGUCCAUGAGCACCACGUGGCACAAUCCGAGGCCUCGAAGCUGCCGCACUUUCAGCGGAACUCCAGUCCUGGUUCUCUGGUCAAGGGAAGGCAUCGCGAUCCCUAUCCCCUCCAGUACCCUCAAUACGCCGAAUCGCAGCACCCCGGCAACAACCAACUGGAGAGAAGGCCCUUUGACCUCUACACUUCAGAGGGCUACAUCAACCCACAGGCUAUGGGAGCACUUCCACCGACGCUUCCACCGCCGCCACUGUCGCUGGACACCAGCCUGAUUUACAACGGAAAUGCGGCCGUUUCACGGGGUGAGGGUGGUGGAGCGGUGUGUGGCGACGUGGACACGACCACCUCAACUGCUGGCGCAUUUCACGUCAAAACAGAGCUCUCUAGUCCACAGUAUCGGAUCCCUGGCUGGGUCCAGUCUCCGGACUCGAUCGUGGCCGGGGUUCAAAGCAGCGCCCCGUCUAGCUCCUGGCUGCAGCCCGCCUCCACGUACAACGCCUCGCACUGCCACACCAACGAUGUCCUCCUGCUGGAUAACUUUAUCACCGACCACACCCUCUUGUCCAACCUCCAGACACAGGACAGAGGCGCCUUCGGCCCAAUCGACGUCUACCCACCUGUCCAACACGGCGAAAGUCGUUCUGGAGCCUCCUCAGGGUCGACCACGUCGCCGUCGAUCGCGUCAGUGCCCAAUUUCGGCAGCGUUAACUCCGACACCGCACAAGCGCCGUUUGAACCUGGCGCGCCGAAACCGCUCGUUUCUGAUUGGUUGCCUUCGGAAGCAGAAUCGGACCGGAGUUAUCUGCAAAAUUUGCUGCCACUCCGAUCGAAGGUGUUUGGAACCGUGCCGCGAGAACUGAGUCAACCUCUGCUAUCUUCCAUGGAAGCUGAUCGCUGGUUCGCUCGACUGGUGGUGGCGUGGAGGUCGGCGUGGCGUGAUGGCGUGUUUCCGAAUCCAUCGCGGAUCAACCUCCACCUGGACCUCGACGCUGCUCCAGAGGAGUGGCGGCUAACCCUAGCCAACCUGUGGAGCGACCUCCUGCUUCGACGUGUAGCCUCUUUCGGCUCCAGCCUCUUCAUCUUCAGCCAAAACUCCGAUUUACGACUUCCCGGCUCUCUCGUCUGUUGGAUAUUCCAGAAUCGCUUGGUGAACUGCGUUCCAGUCAUCCUCGCCCACGCGUUGCUUCGACCGACGGACUUGAGCACCGCGCCGCCCUCAGCAUCGUCGACAUCAUCGAAAAAGCAGCAGCAUCAGCAUCAGAACGACGCAGAUGAUGGCGGCUCGUCGCCACGUUCCCCCAGGGACUACGAGGGUUCACGCGGCUCCUCUCCCACCUCCCCCGGCACGACCAAAGACGCCAGUGAAACCUCCUCAGUGUGCUUCCAGGUCCCGCCACGACAGCGCGUCUUCAUUAGUCUGUCGAAGCUCAACGCCAAGCUGGCCGAACACUUCUCGGGCGUGUACCCCAUGUUGCAGUACCUUGACGCGUACAUCUGCGAGCUCAACAAAUUCCUCACGGAGCAGGUCCUCCUCCUUGGAGUCUACAUGGCCAUCAAACUGACGGAGCCGCCUACCACGGAGGAACUAUUACAGAGCCCUCUGUCAGACGAAGAUAUCCAACAGAUGAACAAUUUGAACGUGAAAUUUUUACAACUCUUCGGACUGGCUGCGGACCAUGUGGCAGCUUCAAUAGUUAACGGGGACCUCUGUGAUACCCUGCAGAGUCGGGCUAAAGCCAUGAAUGACGCGAUCUGUCGGCGAACGAAGUUGCCCGAUUUUCUCAGCUGGGGUCGGCAAUUUGACGACAACAUAAAAUCUCUCCUUUACGACACGUGGAGUCUCAGUCGACAGUGCCUUGGACCCGAAAAACCCCCGAUUUCGCCCUGCUUAAGUGCCUUUUACGGUGACACAGCGCAGUAUUUGGACCUCCUCAUGCCUGCACCCACCUCCGACGAAACCCUCGAUGUCGUGUGA